AAUAGUAUCAAAUAAUUGUUUUAACCAUUUACUGACUAGUCUUGAGAGUAGUACGUAAUAUCUACAAGCAAUGCCGUUGUUAAAAGUUCGGGAACCUGCUCUUAAUCAACUUUUGGAAUAUGCCCAAAGAACAAAUAAGCCAACUGGUUCAGCCACGACAACUAGCGGAAACCCUAUUGUCGAAAAAGACGCUUCUCUUACAGCAGGCCCGAGAGGGGUAAUUCUGUUUCAGAAUUAUGACAUGGUCGAUGAAUUAGCCCACUUCGAUAGAGAACGUAUUCCCGAAAGAGUCGUCCAUGCUAAAGGAGCUGGAGCUUUCGGCUACUUCGUUGUUACCAACGACAUAACCCAGUACACUGCAGCAUCUGUUUUUUCUGCGAUUAACAAAAGAACGUCUAUUGCCAUAAGAUUUUCAGCGGUAGCCGGAGAAAUGGGAUAUGCCGACAGCGUUAGAGACGUCAGGGGGUUUGCAAUUAAAUUUUAUACCGAGGAUGGCAUUUGGGAUCUCGUUGGCAAUAAUACGCCUCUUUUCUUCGUAAAAGAUCCUGUCAACUUCAUGAGCUUCAUCCACGUGUUAAAGAGGAAUCCUGUAACGCAUUUGAGAGAUCCAGAACAGUUCUGGGACUAUCUGACCCUGCGUCCAGAAUCACUACACCAAACCAUGAUCGUCUACACCGAUAGGGGAAUACCAGAUGGUUAUCGACACAUGCACGGCUAUGGUGCAGACACAUUCUCCUUGUUAAACGAUCAGGGUGUUCUGGUUUACUGUAAAUUUCAUCAUUUCACGGAUCAAGGUAUCAAAAAUUUAGAUCCUCAGGACGCAAUUAGGAUAGCAGGUGAGGAUCCUGACUACUUCACGCGGGAUUUGUAUAACAGCAUUGCCGCCGGGAAUUACCCCUCUUGGAGAAUGUUCAUCCAGGUUAUGACCCAAAAACAAGCUUUAGAGAGUCCUUUCGAUCCUUUUGACGUUAGCAAAAUUUGGCCCCACGCCGACUAUCCUUUGAUUCCUGUUGGAAAAUUCGAGUUAACCAGAAAUCCUGACAACUACUUUGCCGAUAUAGAGCAGUUGGCGUUUGAUCCUGCUCAUUUAAUCCCUGGAAUCGAGCCAUCUUCAGACAGAUUUAUUCAGGGGCGACUGUUUGCUUAUGGGGACACCCAGAGGUACCGUUUGGGGACUAACUACAAUCAAAUUCCCGUCAACAACAAUGUUCGAGUACGAAAUUUCAGCAGAGACGGGAAGUUUACACUCCAUAGCCAAAACGGUGCCCCCAUUUAUCAUCCCAACAGUUUUGGGGGACCGGAGCCGGAUCCUAGAGCUAAAGCGCUGUCCCCAGAAUUCCCGAUUGUUGGUAAUGCUGUACGGUACGAUAAUGGUAAUGAUGAUCCCUAUUCACAACCCAGGGUACUUUGGGUACGAGUUUUGGAUCAAGGGGAAAAAGAGAGAAUGGUAGAAAACAUUGUACUCGGAAAUGGACUUAUGGCACUAAGAGAUGCUUCCGAUUUCAUUCAGAACAGAGCCAUCGUUAAUUUUACAAACGUUCAUCCCGAUUUUGGUAGAAUGGUACGGGAUAAAUUGAGCGCUCAACUUCAAUUCACUGCUCAGCUAUAGUUCGAUGUGUAGUGCAAGGGAGAGUAUUGGAAACAAAAAAGAAAUUCUUAACUUUACUUAUCUAAUACCUUGGUGAUAUGUUACUUUAUCUAUCUAAUAAUGUCAAAAAAAAAUUAAUAGACGUAGAUGCUACGUAUUAGAAAUAAAUAAAUGUGGGUAUUUUGGUGUAUUAAUAAAUUCGUUUGCUUUUUAA